AUGAUGAUCAUGAUUAAAUACACAGAAUCUCAAAGCCAGAACGUCAAAUUUGAAAAUCCACACAGAAUAUCAGAACCCGCAUUCAACAUUACUCCAUUCAUAAAUCAGCGAGGAUUGUAUUACGAAGCACUUGCACAAGUUAAACUAUCAUCCAUCACUUGGGAUUUGGUAGCUUAUGUAAAUCUCCAAGAAGAAACUUCAGAUUAUAGGCAUUUAAUGUCUCACUACUAUGCAACAACACAGAUUUGUAAGAACAUAAAUAAAGCAGACAAUUCAGAAAUCGCAAUCAAGUGUGAACUGUUAAUACAACAAUUCACAUGA